CUCCUCUGCACAGAUCACGUGUAAUUCUCAGAGCUAAGAUUUCAGUUUGCAGUCUGAAAAGUUUGACCAGGUUGUGAAGCACGGUGGCACUAGUGUCGACAGUGUAAAUAUAGCAAAAGAUGGCUUCUUUGUCAACUCGGCGUCACAAUGAGAGAGUAUUACUCGAGCUGGAGCCUGGAGACAUCAUCAAGUUCGGCAGAAAGGUUUACUCUCAUUACGCUGUGUAUGCCGGACAUGGCAGAGUCAUCCACCUUUGUGGAGAGAAUGAUGGGAUAGGAGAUGGCUUGCAGUCUGACAGCAUGUUUAGCGUUUGUGGAAAGGAAUUCAACAAGGCUUGGAUCAGAGAGGAUGAUUUCUUUGAGGUGGCUAAGAAAAGCAAGGCAAAAAAGAAUAACAAGGAUCACAAAUAUACUCCCAUUGGCAGUGGUAACGAAGUUCUACACAGGGCAAGACAGAGAUUAGGGAGAAUUGGUUACAAUGUGCUGACGAGGAACUGCGAGCACUUUGCCUUCUGGUGUCGCUAUGGUGUGCAAAGGAGUAGGCAGGUAGACAGAUUUCUGUGGGCUAUCGCUGGUGCUGUCGGUUUCGGCGUCGUUACAUUGGUCGGUGCAUUUUUCGGUUUGCGGAAUGUCAAGAGACGCAAUGCACUCAGAAAUGCAAAUAACUAAAAUCUGUUCAUCAGCGGACAAUCAUUGAUUUGAAAUAUGGUAAUUUUGCAUGUAUUUUCACAGAUAUAGGCAAGCAUAGAUGCGGUAGAUUUAUCAUCACUGGUGCAGCCUUAUUGCAGAUAAUUAGAAAGGUGAGGAUCUAGAGAAGAUCUUUGAUUUUAGGAUUGUAAUUAUAAAAUACAUGUAGGGAUACAAUGUAUCAGGCUAGUGCCAUCUGUUAUCAGUUUUGGCAUUUACCUAACUCUUCUGUCCUGACCUAUAUCAGGGGCAUUUGUAUGAUUACGUACAUCUGCCAUGUUAUCUGACCUAUAUUCUACAUAUUUUUAUGUUACACAUCUAAAUGACAGGAUGCAUUGUGCUUUUCUCGUUUUGCAGACAUUUCGUGAUAAAAUAUUGUCACUAGCUGUUUAUUUUAUGAAUAUGAGUGAUGAAAAAUGAACAACACACCUAUUACUGCAGUCAAUACAGAUAGGGGGUUUUCGCCCUUUACGACUUCCUCGUUCUGUGACGUAGGUGCCAUGGAAACGACAUCGAGUGUCUUUCGGUUGUCAUGGCAGCUCAGAACUUUCGUCAGAGCAUGCUGCAUUUAAACACCUGAUGCAGUUUAUAGGUUUAUAGGCGUCGGAAGCUGUCGUGACCUGGGGGGAGGGGGGGGGGGAUAUUUCACUUAUAGCCAACUUUAGGCGAGGGUCUAGGGGGUGCGUAGGCCCCGGAAGCCCUGCGCACCCAGAUGACUACAGACCCAUUCUGAUCGAUAUGAAGCUAUUAAAAUGAUGACAGAAAACGUCCAGUAUAAUUAGAUUUGACCUGUUGUUAUCUGGUUCAUUUUGACUGUCAAGUAUUAUGCUAUAUUAGCGGAUAUAUGUAUUCGGAAAUAGUGAUUCGUAUCAGUGGUGAUUGUACGGUAUGUAAUAAAUAAAAGCAAAAUAUC